AUGGAGAACAGCGCAACAGAAAAACCAUCAAAACACAAGAAUAGCCUUUGUGCAUUCUUCAAAAAGACAUGGCAUGCUGUGAAAAGCACCAACCAGUGUCGACGUCAGGGCAGCAAAGUGGCCCUUCAUCAGCCUGUGUCCGACACAGAUUCAGCUGAUCCUCAGUGUGGUCCAUACGGCCUCGAACCAGCGGCACAUUGGCAUCUAGCUGAUCUACAGCCAGGCCCGUCCGGCCUUGAGCCAACAACCCUACAGGAUCAAACUGAUCCUCCGCCGCGUCCGUCCAGUGUCACACCGAUGAACUGUGAUGAAAAACCAGCUGAUCCUGAGCCAGCUGAAGAAAAUCAAACAAACACGAAGAAGAAACACAUCUGUGCAUUCUUCAAAAGAACAUGGCGGGCUGUAAAACGUGCAGCAACACAACGGAAAAAGCACAACAAAGUGGCUCCACUUUGUCCACAGCCCGACACAGAUUCAGCUGAUCAUCAGCCGGAUCCAAACGUCUUUGAGCUGAUGGCUCUACAGGAUCUCACUGAUCAUCAGCCGGAUCCAACCGUCUUUGAGCUGAUGGCUCUACAGGAUCUCACUGAUCAUCAGCCGUAUCCAAACGUCCUUGAGCUGACGGCUCUGCAGGAUCCAGCUGAUCCUCCAGAAGAUCCUCAGUCUGGUUCAUCUGACCCUGAUCGAGAUCCAGAUGCUUCAAAGAUGACACCUGUCGUAGGACCAUCUGGCCUUGUGCCAGCGGGUCUGCAGGAUCCAGCUGAUCCUCUUCCAGGCCCGUCUGCUCUUGAUCCAGUAGCCCCAAAAUUUCCAGGUGCUUCCAAGCAUAGACAAAUCGCAGAUCAAACCCGUUUCAGAGCAGCCUGUUUCACUGAUUCAACUCCUGCUCCAUUUGAUGAGAUUUAUGAAGUGGGAGAAGAGAUUGGAGAAGGAGGCUUCGGCACUGUGUAUGAGGGGAUUUCAAAAUUUCUACGCGAGCAGGUCGCCAUCAAAUUCAUCCCCAAGUGUGAAACAGACCUGUAUAUUGAAAUACCUGGCUGUUCAGAGCCGCUGUUUGCAGAAGUGGCUCUAAACCUGCUGCUGAAACGACCUCCAUUAAGCCCCUACAUUGUGCACAUGCUGGAAUGGUUUGAAGAGGAGGAUCGGUUCAUCCUGAUCCUGGAGUAUCCACAACCCUGCAAGGACUUGCUCAAAUUCAUGGUUAACAAUAUGCAGCGACUGGAUGAAUCACAGACACGUAGGCUGAUGCACCAAGCGGUGCUCGGGGCCAAGCACUGUCUUGACCGAGGCGUCUUCCACCGGGACAUUAAGUUGAAUAACUUUCUGAUCAACACAAAGACUAACCAAGUCAAACUGAUAGACUUUGGCUGCAGUGACCUCGUCAAAAGUUCAGGCUACUUGGGUGAUUUUACAGGAGGAGUCUGCCCACCUGAAUACUACAAGGAUUUAAAAUACGAGGCAGGGCCAACAACCGUCUGGUCUCUGGGCGUAAUGAUGUACUCAGUGGUGUGCAGAUGUCAGCCCUUUAACAGUCUAGAAGACAUGAAGCAUGGCAGUCUGAGUUUUAAUGUCAGAGUAUCCACAGAAUUGCAGGAUUUGAUAAGCCGCUGCCUGGCUUAUCACCCAACCGAGAGAGCAACUGUAGAGGAGAUCCUACAGCAUGAAUGGUUUCAGCAGGGACAAAUGUCAGGAGGAGCUCAGGAUCAGGUAGUAACAGCAGAUGCCCCAAAUUGGCCCCGGUGAGGAAAAGCUGCACAAACCAUUCAGCAGAGUCUUCAGAGCAGCAAGCUUAGUUAAAAAAAAAAAGCAGCAAACUUGGUGGGCAAAAUUAGAAACAAAUUACUAAGAGCAAAAGUAGUGCAAAACCAAAUACAGAAAACUAGUGCACAGAAAGGAGGAGCAAAUUUAGUUGAAAAAAAUGUAAUAUAAAAAAAUGAGGAGCAAAUUUAGUGCACAAAACAGAGGAGAAAACAUAAGGAGCAAAUAUAACGUAUAAAA